AUGGUGGGGAGGGCCAACGCCGCGUCUUCUUCCCAGGGGCCACCGCAUCUCAUCAUCAUCAUCAUCGUAUCUUUCUUCUGAUUGAAUCGUCGGACACCACCAUUGAACAGUCCUUAUAUAUACCAUCAAGUCCCUCUCCCUCUCUCUCUACUCUCUCUCUCUCUCUCUCUCUCUCUCUCUCUCUCUCUCUAGAUUUCAGCUUUUGCGGCGAUCGAAGCUUCGCCUCGCUCGGCAGCAGCUGCUUGCUGAUCUUGCUAGAUCCUCUUUUCCUUCCUUUCGUCUGUUUGGGAACGAUGCGCCGCUCUGCAACGAAGAAAUCGGGUCAGCCGACUUCCACGACGUCGGUUAACCCUUCCUCGACGGAUCUCUUCCGCUCCGCCUCAAGUAAAGCAAGUUCAAAAGAGUUGGAACGGAUUGAUAGUUUGUUCUACUCAUAUGCCAAUGGCUCCUCUGGUUUGAUUGACCCUGAGGGAAUUGAAACUCUUUGUUCAGAUAUGGAAGUGGAUCACACCGAUGUUAGAAUUCUGAUACUUGCUUGGAAAAUGCAAGCUGAAAGACAAGGUUACUUUACCUUGGAUGAGUGGCGGAGAGGCCUUAAAGGUCUGAGGGCCGACACUGUUAGUAAAUUGAAGAAGGCACUUCCUGAUUUAGAGAGAGAGGUUAGAAGGCCAUCAAACUUUGCAGAGUUUUAUGCUUAUGCUUUCCGCUACUGCCUGACAGAGGAGAAACAGAAAAGCAUAGACAUAGAGAGCAUAUGCGAAUUGCUUGAUUUGGUCUUGGGGUCCCAGUUUCGUGCGCAGGUUGACUACUUGAUCGAGUAUUUGAAGAUCCAGAAUGACUACAAGGUCAUUAACAUGGACCAGUGGAUGGGUUUUCUUCGGUUUUGCAAUGAGAUAAGUUUCCCUGAUUUCAGCAACUAUGAUCCACAACUUGCAUGGCCAUUGAUUUUGGACAAUUUUGUUGAAUGGAUGCGAGCGAAGCAGGGCUAAAGCAGAAAACUUUUUGCCUAUUUUCUGCUAUAAACAGCUCUUUAUUGCAGAAGACAUGGUCAAACGGCACAUUAAUCACCUUUUGCCGAUCUCCUUUAUAUUUUUCUUGCAAUCUUCCCCUAUCCCCUUGUAAACUUCCAGUGAACACCAGUUCAUUCUUCAAAAGAUGCUAUUGUUACAUAAAAGGGAUGCAUAUACUGCAUUGAUGAUGCUAUUCCGGGUUCUGGAUUGUUCUAAUUGUUUGGAUAAACUUGGAAAAUGUCUAGUUUGAUCAAAUGAUAUUUUUUUUUUCUGCUGAUAAAGCAGCAGAUCGGA